AUGAUCACAAUCUCUCACGCUUCGGCAUUGUUCUUGCUCUACUCCUCGGCCCUCUCUUUCACCCCAUGUCCACUCUUAGGCCCUGCGUUCCCUCCAUUCUCCAUCGACACAAAGGACAAGACUAUUGGAGGUGCUCUGCAAAAGCUCACACAUGAGUUUGACACACUAGUCGCAAAAAGCACUGGUGUUCAUGGGGAUGUAUCGCCAAACACCACCUUUAGCAUCGCCUUGUUCUCGUCCGAUAGCGGGAAUGCCGAAGACGAACCCUUCUUCUGGCAAUAUCAUCACACAGCUCCUACAUUGGACCACUCUUCAGUAGGAUCUCAUGCUGCUGACAAAGACAGCAUUUAUCGAAUUGGUGGUCUCACGGAGGUCUUCACUGUGUGGAGUCUGCUUCUCACGCGAGACGGGGACCAGAUCUUUGAUGACCCUGUUACCAAGUACCUCCCUGAGCUGUCUGAUAGCACCAGAGAACAAGACGUGAUUGGGCAUGUGAGAUGGGAUGAUGUUACUGUUGGUCAACUUGCGAGUCAUAUGUCUGGCAUUUCGAGGGAUUAUUGCUCGAAGGAUGUGGCUUUGCAAACAAGUUCUACUGAGGCGGGACUACCUCCACGUCAGGAUAUCCACAUGCCUUGCUGUGAUGAUAGCUCCGAGUGCGAUAGUAGCGAUUUCAUCCGAUACCUGGCCAACCGAACUCGCGUGGCUCUAUCUGGGACAACCCCCAGCUAUUCCAACAUGGCAUUCCAAGUUCUAGGGUACAUAGUUGAGAAACGCGCAGGAAAACCAUUCAACAAAGUCCUACAACACGACAUCUUUAGCGUCCUAGGCUUGACAGAAACCUCAAUCUUCGCACCAGACAAAAGCACCGCAGGAAUUAUUCCCGUGAGCAAAGAAGCCAGCGGUUGGUUAGCACGCCACAAAGAAGACCAAGCUGGCAUCCACCCCAGAUCAAAGUCCAUUUUCUCCAGCACCAAAGAUCUUGCAAAAGCCGGUCAAGCAAUCCUGAAAUCAACCCUCCUCACCAAACCCCAAACAAAUCGCUGGUUCAAGCCAGUCUCCCACACUUCAAACCCAGCCAACUCCAUCGGAUCCCCAUGGGUUAUAUACAGCGCCGGCUCAUACCCCAACACCUCGAUGGUAGACAUCUACACCGUCCUCAGCAACGAAGGCAACGACCAGAGCCUCUACAGCUCUUACCUCGGCCUGGUACCAGACUUCGGCGUCGGCUUUGUCAUCCUCUCAGCCGACAACGAAACCCCGGCAGAUCUCAACGCGCACGCAGAUCUCAUCGGUGAUGUCGUGCUAGGCGCAUUGAUGAAAACAGCUAUCAAGCAGGCAGCCCAGAAUUUCGGUGGUGUAUACAAGGCAUCUGAGAUCAAUUCAUCUAUCACGGUUGAAUACGACAGUCUACCUAGUUUGUAUAUUCGGGAGUUUGUCAGUAAUGGGACUGACUUCCGUGCAAUACUUGCUGGGAUUUUGGGUACGAAGCCUGCGGAUCUGAGUAUUAGGUUGUAUCCUACACAACUGAUUGAACGGACUGGGUCUGGUUCUAGAAUGGCUUUUAGAGCGGUCUUUCAGGAUAUGGCUGAGUUGGCGGAUAAUGGGACUCCGACUUGUGUCUCCUGGUUAGAUGUUGAUAGAUUCCAGUAUGGGGGUCGUGGUCUGGAUGAGUUUGUCUUUUCUUUGGAUCGGAGUGGUCGGGCUGUUGGUGUUGAGAUUCCGGCAUUGCGGGUAGAGCUGGGAAGGAAAUAG